AUGUUUUCCCAUGUUAUUGAUACUGUGCAGUUAUAUGCUUUGCUCCAUAACGUGAAUGAUAAAACUGAAAUAGUUUGUGAUAUGGGAGUGCAUACCCUAGAUCACGAAGUCAAGAAUUCGAGGCCGAUUGGACUUGAAGAUGAAUCGGAGGAGCAUGGCGAUGCAAGUCUAAGAGUGAAGAAGAUGAGGUCCAAAAGGACAAUCCCUUCCAUUUUGAAUUUAGAGGAGAGAAAUUUUAACAACAAAGAGAUGACGAAGAUGCAGAAAUUGUUGGUUGAUGAAGAUCUCAUUGAGUUUGAUGCAUGUCAGAAGUUUGAUUUUCUUACAGAUUUGGACCAAUCUUCAACCUGUUAUGAGGAUGAUGCUGACUUUAGCAAUGCUAAAGUUAUCGAAAUUUCUAGCCAAAGAAUAGAUUAUGCUGCCAACUUGAAGAGCGCUGCGAAUACCAAAAUUUUGAACGACAAAGUCAUCGAUGCUACCAACAACGAGGAAUCAGAAAAGUGUGAUAGCAACAGCAGCCAACAAACCCAAGUUCAUAAGGAAUUAUGGAGAUCCAUAACCACAAAAGGGCUGGCUCUUGGUGGUGCAAUCCACCAUAAAUCUGCCGCAAAGUCAGAAGAUGACCACGUAUUGAGGAAGCUUGAUGUGGAAGUGCAUGCUCUAGGUCACGAAGUUGAGAGUCCAAGGUCGAUUGGACUAGAAGAUGGGGAAAGCUUUGAUGUUCCUUGA